AUGGAUCCAUCUGGAGGACCACAGGGAAUACCAGUCGAUGAUCUGAUCGAUGGCUUGGCCGGCAUCAAGAAGAUGGCAUUCAAGGCCGCAGUGGCCGUCUUCUUCGCCCUAGCAAUCCUCUCCGUUCUGGUAAGGGCAGGAUUCCGCCUCCGCGCAAGACAACCUCUCACCUUGGACGACUAUCUCGUUUUCGCAGCAGCCAUCCUUUUGUCAGGGGGGACUGGUCUCCUCUAUAACAUCUGCGACAACCUUUACCUGUCCUCGGCCAUCCAUUUGGACCAACCCAUCACGCUUCACCUGGGCUCUCAAAGCAUAGCCGACCUAAUCGACGCGGUUCAAGGAUACCGCUCCUAUCUCGUCAUCGCCUGGACAGCAAUAUCUUUGGCUAAAUUUUCUUUUCUGGCCUUCUUCAGGCAACGGAUCGGGGAUACGCGCAGUAUUCGGUUGUAUUAUUGGUCUCUGGUUGCUCUAACGGCAAUAUCAUGGCUUCUCUGCGUCGUGGAGCCGUUCAUUCUCUGCCCCAACGUCGGGUCCGGAUCCUCAUGCUUUGCAGACUCCGAUGCCGUGGUUCGCGCCUCCGUUACCGGCCUUACCACGGCCCUUGACAUAUUAACCAUCGUCCUGACUCUCAUCACCACCCUUGCCCUCACAACCGCUUCGUUUUCCGCUGUCCGCGCCAGCAAAGCCUCCACCGGCACCGACCUACCCCAGACUGCCUUCUGGCUGGCGCUGCAGGCGAGCAGUGCCCUUCUGGCGGUAGGGUUGGGGACUUUCUCACGCUCGCUGCUUGGCGGGCGGGGGGUGGUUGAGGGAGGGAAUUUGACUGGGGAGGGGGACAUCCAAGCGGAGGAGGCCCGCGGGAUUCAGGGAAGGGCUGGCAAGGUGAGGUUGGCGGGGUUAUGGGGGUUGGUGAAGGGGGUUGAGGGGCGUGACGGGCAGGAGGUGUCGCAGCUCGGGACGGUGGUUGUGGUGGGGGAGGAGGCGGACGGGGUUCCGCCCUUGAAGGAGAAGGUGGGAGCGAGAGAGGAGGUCCGCCAGACUACUUCGUCGCCGGUUCCGCGGAAUCCGCCGAUUGCGUACCAUUAUCCGAUGUGGGGACCGCAGCCCACACACGGCCAGUUUGCGACGGAGGACGAGGCGCGGGCGGGCCAGGACCUUAUAUGGCUCAACCCGUCGUUGCAAGCGAGCCAAACGAGCUUUGGGAGCGCAACGCUGUACGAACGGAGAGGUUCGGAGCGGAGAGGGUCGGAAAGGAGAGGGUCAGAACGAAGGGGGUCGGAACCGCCUCCUGUUGCCCAUGUAGCCAAGCAGAAACAUUAUGUCCCCACCAUCCCUCUUGACCAUGGCCUGGUCCCCGCAUUCUGCGUGCUCUGUCCAACACUUGCACUUGUGGUCGAGCAACAGCACCGGCUUCAGGACGCGAACGCCGCUGAUCAUGAUUAUGCCAACAGCCGAGGGCGGGAACGGAUGGCCGAUCUGUUGCGGCUCCCAGAAGUAGACUCUGUACCUGUGCCCGUCCAGCCCCCUGUACCAGAUUAUGGCCCUGCUCCUCCUGGCCUUGUGCGCCCCGAAAUGGACGCUGUUGCUGUCGGCAAAUUUCUUGGCCAACUGCCCGCUACCGCCGGGUACGAAAAUGUCGAUAUCCGAGGUGCGCCGCGUCUGUCCCAGGAGCCGGAGAGCGAUGCCGCCCAUCAGGGCGUAGGUGGUGGCCCCGAGAAGUCCAGCCAAGCCAGUGACUAG